AAAAGACGGCGGAGCCGCCCGCUGGAGACAAAAAGAGUUAAAAAUAAUGAUGGCGAGCGAUUGAACAUGCCAUUUAAUCUCUGCGCAAUCAGAAACAGCAUAAACCCCCAUCUCUGUGCAUCGUGCACGUCUAUAAUCGGCUUUCAUCUGGUGCCCACAACUGUCCAGACCCUCUCUGAACUGCUGUGACCGAGUGGAAUUGAAAGGCUGAUUGGAGAGAAUAUCUGCCACCCAGGUAAAAUGGCUGAUACUACAGAAGCAGAGAGCUGAACAUCACACAUUGCCCCCUUUUCUUCUUUGUUCGAGGAUCAUUUUAUGUGGACAUUUCCCCCUUCCAUUUCAAUUUUCUCAUCAUGGCUAUGCAUGAUAUGAAUCGUGCCAAGGGUUUCCCUUGCAAAGAAUGCGACAUCAUUUGCCCAAGUACACCUAGUCUCCUGGAGCACAUGAAAGCACACUAUCAUCAAGAAGAAAAUGGCAGAUUUGAAUGUGAACAGUGUGGACGUAUUUUUAAGCAUGCCAGUAGCUUGGCUUCUCACAAAAAAACUCACGAGAUGGGGUCCUUUCAGUGUCCGGUGUGCACCAGAACGUUGCCCAAUGCAAUGGCCCUAAAAAACCACCUCCGUGUCCACACGCUGUCUCCAAGUGCCCAAGCUGAAGAGGAGAAUGAUGACAAUGCUGAUGAAGAGAGGGAUUAUAAUUUAGCACAAGAUUUGUCUGACGCAGGUUUCAGGAGUCACAUAAACAACAGCGGAAUGAUGCCUGGCAGUGACCAUGAUAAACAGAAAUCUCCAGGAUCCGAAGAUGCCUGGGACAGACCAUUUAAGUGUGACCAAUGUGAUAGGACGUAUCGUCAUCAUGGCAGCUUGGUUAACCACAAGAAAUCUCACCAAGAAGGCACAUAUAAGUGCAAUUUCUGUUACAAACAAUUUAACAAUCUUGCUGCCCUUAAUGCUCAUGAGCGCACUCAUUCAAAGUUUAAACCCUCUGGAAUGUCCAUUGGGGCCCUUUUGCCUGAAGCCCCAUCUGACACUCGCCCUCCCGGUUCCCAGAACGAUGAUAUGGUACCCAGCUUUUGCCAUCUUUGUCAGGUGUCUUUGCCCAAUAAGAAUGACUUUCAAGAGCACAUUUUGUUACAUAAUGCUGCAUCAUCUUCACUAGGGCUGCCACGUAGUUUCCCUGGGAUAGUGCCUCAUAAUCUUAGCUCUGUUCGCUCCCCAGCAGUCAAUCCAUAUACACCUGCCCUGGGUGACCCUCUUCCGUUGCCUCCAUUACCUGACAAGCGUUAUGACCCAAUGCUAGGACCCCCUGUUACUAAUUCCAUCUAUACCUGUGCAUAUUGUGGUGCAGGACAUCCUGACAUAGAGAGCCUCAAAAUUCAUUAUCUUACUCAUGAACCACACCCCACAACACAUGCACAAGGAAGCCCUGCUAUUUUAAAUUCAGAUGCACUGGCUUCAAACUCUCAACCCUCGGUAUCCAAUGGUGAGACAAGGUCUCAAGAUCACUCUACAGCCAUGGAUGAUGGCGAACGCAGAUUCAAGUGCCAAGAGUGCGGGAAAAGCUAUCGACACGCUGGGAGUCUAGUUAAUCAUAAACGCUCCCAUCAAACUGGUCAAUAUCAGUGCACCAUUUGCUGUAAACAAUAUCCACAUUUAGCAGCCCUUCACAGUCACCUCCGCAGUCACAAGACUAGGCCAAACUCACAGUCGAUGAGCACAGAGGGAGAUUGGCUUUCCUCUGAGCCAAUGACAGGGCUAGAUUCCCAACAGGGCUUUGUACAUUCUCAAGAUCAGGAUAGUGGUGCAACAACCCCAAUAUCACUUCCUGGUAAUCUUGGUGACCCAGCUCACUUUGUCCCAGACAGUGGGCACAACAGUGGCCUGGAUUCACUAGAGUUUCAUGACCGUUUUGGUGGUGCUCUCGCUCAAAGCACUUCUAGCCACUCCCCGCUUCCCCAAAAUCAUCGUCAGGCAGGUAGCGUCAACCAGGGAGGUAUGUCAAAUGGUUUUCUCGGUAACAUGAACUACCAUAGUCCCGGUGGUGCCUCCCUGCCGUCGGGCAAUGCCAACCUUAAAGAAAGUAGUCGUCAGCGGCGUGGUCAGGACCAGAUGUCCUAUGGGGAAGCACCAGCUAAUUCCCAGAACAACAAUAAGAGAAUGGAUAACAAAGACGAUGAUGACGAUGGAGAGGUUUAUCAGUGCACAGUUUGUGGAAACCAUUAUGCUAGCCUGAGGGCACUUCGUAGCCAUUUACGAAGCCAUGGAGUUAACCAGGGUGCAGGGCCGUCCUCUGCCCUCACUCCUGUAGGUGAACAAGAGUGGAGGAGGCGACAAGAGGGCAAUACGGUCAGUCUUUUGAUCUGUAGCACCUGUGGGCAGAGCUUCAACAGAAAACAGGACUUGCUAAACCACCAGCUGGUCCACGGACCUGCACGGCCAGAUGCAUCAUCACAGGGCUUGGGUGGCACUAGCGUUAAUUCUAAUGGCAAAAUGGAUGGAAGGAACCACAUUUGCGUUGACUGUGGCAUGUUCUUUGCAGAUCGCCAUCAGCUGAUUACUCACCUGUGUCCAGGCAAGGCGAGAGCGGGGGGAUUGAACAAAGGUAUGAACGGAGCUAAAGGGAUGACUGGUGGAGCUGGUACUAGUGACAGCAGGGGCCCUGUAGACCCUCAGCAGAUGCCAGACUCUGAUGAUCGGCCUCACAGGUGCGACCAGUGUGGAAGGAGUUACAGACACCCCUGCUCACUGCUCAACCAUAAGAAAUCGCACAAGACUGGGGUCUUCCGCUGCCUUGUCUGCCAAAAACGCUACUACAACCUACUGGCUCUCAAGAACCACCAGAGGACUCAUUUUGACUUAAAGAGGCACAAGUGUGAGGAGUGCGGGAAAGCCUUUAAGAUCCAGAAGCAGUUGAUAAACCAUCUGAGGUUACACGAGGAACAUCGAGCGAAGACUGGAGAUCGUGACCAACGGGUUCAAGGCAUGUCUCAUCCCAAUGGUGCACGCUAUGAGGGAGGCCCAUCGCAGCUUCAAACUAUGAGAAUGGGCGAGCCCAAAAUUCCAAACCCUCCGGUGAACCCCAACUACGGUCAGCCACAAGGUUACAAGAAACCGUAUGCCGGAGCAAGGGCUCAGCAAGUUGACGAUGGUAGCGGUCGUCGGCCCUUUGUUUGCGAUCAGUGUGGACGCACUUAUCGUCAUGCCGGCAGUCUGGCUAAUCAUAAGAAUCUGCAUAAGAUUGGCGAGUAUCACUGUAAUGUGUGCAACUCCACGUAUCCGAAUCGUCUGGCAAUGAAGAACCACCUUCGAAUGCAUUUUGCUCUUAAGAAGUAUUCCUGCACUGACUGCGGUAGGGGCUUCAGGAACCAGAGGCAGCUUGAAACGCACACCAGCAAUCAGCUCUGCAAAGAUCUCCCAGGUCCCCUUCCCGGUCCCAGUGUUCAAACCGCCCCUCCUCCAGCCGAAUACGAGUGCGAUGGGUGCUCACAGGUCUUUACUACGACCACAGACUUGGCCUCGCAUAACUGCAGUGCCCAACUUCCCUCUUCCUCCGCCUCCCUCAACAGCUCUAACAUAAGCAUGGAGACAGGUGACCUGGGGUCUCCAGAACGCGAAGAGCGUCCUUUCACCUGUGACCUUUGUGGCUGCUCUUACAAACAUGCUAGCAGUCUCCUCAACCAUAAAAAUACACACAAAAUAGGCAACUUCAGCUGCUCAUAUUGUGACAAACCCUACUCCAACUACAUGGCCCUACGCAACCACAUGCGUAUCCAUACGCAGAAGAAGCGUCACAUCUGCUCGACCUGUGGGAAGGCUUUCCGGCUGGCCCGCUUCCUUCGGAACCACCAGAGAGUCCACGAGGAGGGCCACACUCGUUUCGGCUGCCCCACCUGCGGGAAGAGCUUUCAGGGUCGGUCUGGGCUGGCCAGGCACCGCUGCGGUGACAACCAGGUAGGCAACGAGGGCGUGAGGAAGGCCACUUCAAGCACAAGAGAGGGAGAGGAGUACCGGUUCACAUGUGACCAGUGUGGCCGUUCCUACCGGCAUGCCAGCUCACUCCUUAACCACAAAAACACCCACACUGUCGGCAUCUACCACUGCGCCGUGUGCCUCAAGACCUACUCCAACCUGCUCGCUCUCAAAAACCACCGUCGUAUUCAUUCGGAGAUUCGUCGGCAUCGCUGCCCGGAAUGUGGCAAGGCUUUCCGCGUCUCAUCCCAACUGCAGAAUCACCGCCGUGUGCACCAAAAGGAACGGGAGUUUGCCUGCACUCUGUGCCAGAGAAGCUUCCCCACCCAGGCAAGCUUCCGACUCCACUUGGAAAUGCAACAUGGCCGAGCCUCCAAGACAUCGCAACAGCCUGGGGUUUCUGAUUUGGGUUGGAACUCUGGGCUUGACCAUACGCUGAUGCAAGCCCAAGGAAUGGAUCCUAAUGGGCUCCCGAAGCUUAACCCAACACAUCACAACCCCAGUGCCAGCAGCUCAUCCGCGCCUCAACAACAGCGGUUUCGGAGUUGCAGCGAGACGGGGUGCAAGUCGCACGUUUGCGAUCAAUGCGGACGUGGUUACCGGCACGCCAGCUCGCUUUUGAAUCACAAGAACAGCCACAAGAUGGGCACCUAUUUCUGCAACUCCUGUCAGAAGGAGUUUUCCAAUUUAAUGGCACUCAAAAACCACAGACGCAUUCAUACAGAACCAAAAAGGUACCAGUGCCCAGACUGCGGCAAGGCUUUCCGCGUCUCCACCCAGCUCAUCUGCCACCGCCGCAUUCACACCAAAGAGAAGCCGUUUUCAUGUCAACAGUGUGAUAAACGCUUCUCCAGCAAGUCCAACUUAAGACACCAUCAGAAGGUCCAUUGGAACAGUUCGGCACCUUCUACCACCCAAACCAACUUUUUGAGUAUGCCCUCUGGGCCUUUUCUAUAAGUUAUGGCCGAUGUUUGGGAGUUUGUCAUUGAGGUUCAUGCCAAGGUUUUUGGAGGUGCCAAAACCCUGAUUCCCUUUCACUCAUCUUCAUCUCUAGUCACGAGGGGUGGCUGCUGUUUAUGUUCCCUGCAUGUCCCCCAAAACAUUGGAUUAUUCAGUGAACUCCGUGUGACUGUUAGUUUUAUGUCAUAGUGACAUAUUUUCCCACCUUUAUCCUAAACGCCACAGGUGACCUUAUUUACAUUUUCAUAGUUCCCUUUUGAGGGUGGGGGGGACAUUGAGGCCCACUGCCUUCAUUUUCUGAUACCAGCCUUUUAAAGUAUUUGGCGUCUUGUUUUAAAUGACUUUUAGAUGAGGCAUUUAUAUUGGUAUGAUGUAUAAAAUGGCAGAUUUCCUUCCAGACUAUUGUUAGUUCAGUAUUGGUUUAAAGAUGUUACAGGAAAAUUCUAGUAGGUUCAACAUCUACACACACAUCUCCCCCUGUAAAAUCAUCCUUAUUAUAAUCAUACAUUUCAUGCCAUGCCCAGCCGCCCCAUCGACAACAAUUAUCAGUCGUAGAUGAUAUAUGAAAAAAAAACAUGAAUCCCAAAAGCUAGAAAUAACUAUGUUAAGCGGUGUAUAGAGAAGUCAACACGUUUCGGUGUUGUGUAAGAUUGUACGCAUUUUUCCCCUUUAUUUUUUUUACGUUAUUUUCUUAAUCGUGUGUUUCUUGCAGCACGAAGAUGAGCUUCAAACCUUAUUAUUCAGCAGACGACAGCAUUGCGCUUAAUGGGUUCGCUUCUUUGCGGCAUCGUUAGUUUGAUCCCUCUCUUCAUUUCAUGAUGUUGCUCAGAACCCACAAUAUAAAUCUGCAACUAACUAGCUAGUGUAUAGAAGUGGAUAGGUUGUGCUAUGAAAAUAAUGGGAAAAAAGGGGGGAAAAUGUAUAUUGCUUGUAAUGGCAUUUGGUUUUACCUUGUAUUGUAUUGUACCUCUGACUGUAUUAUUUACAGGAAAACUUUUAUAAAAGAUCACUGUAGUAUGCAUUUUAUUUAUAUUAUUAACACUUGUAACUGAAAACGCUAGUUUUAGAACUUCGCAGUUUUAGGAUUUAUCGUUCCAAACGGUUUUGUUCCGACCCUUCCGUUCUCCAGAGGCACAGUCGGGAACGGGAGAACUUCUAAAGAACACUUUUAUAGUGACUGUAAUCUCCUUUUCAUUGCCAUUAUUUGUUAUGCUUUUGAAAGAACAUUUCUGUCCCUUGUGCAAUAAACAGGGAACUGUAAUAAUGUGUGUUUUGAUUGCAGUACAACGAGUGUAAACAUAUCAUCGCCUUUCUCACGUGAUGGCUUCACGCUCAUGUUUAGAUUGGAUGUGCCUGUUUCACUCUGUAAGCUCACAUGUUAAGGAAUUAUUUUGUGAUCGUUACAAUCAGCAAGGCAAUCAUAUUUUACUUAAGUUACACCGUUAUGGUAACCCAUGUAUUUAUUAGUAUUUUUUAUUUUCUUUUUUAUUUAAUUGCAUUUUAACUGUUUUGAACCUCUAAUACUUGGGAGCACUGGUGCUAAGUCAUUUAUUUUGAGUGAACAUGAAGUUGUAUGCGGUAUGAUCGUCGCACGGAAAGGUUAUAUAUAUAUAUAUAUAUAUUUAUGUACCUGUACCAUUGCAAGUUCUCACAAUUGGCUAAAUACAAAAAAAAUCUUUCCUGGUGCACAGUUGCUACUUUGUCAAGGAUUGACUUUGAUCGAUUCCAAAAAAUAAAUGCUAAAAGUUU